UAACCAUUGGUAGUCCGUAGAAAAAUGUUCCAACAUUGUUUCUACAAAUUGGCGAACCAUUGAAUCACCCUAACCGAUGGAUAUUCAAAUGUGCGAGUUUGAAGAUUCUCGCUUUGCUUCUCCGGAGCGCCAAAAGAGUAUAGGAGUUAUGCGAUCAUCGUCUUUUCGCUCUCGCGCGACUAGCUGACUGACUGUAGUGCUUGCGUUUUCAUCGCGAAGCCCGUCGUCGUCAGUCCACCAGUCAGUCAGUCAGUCAGUGAAAAAAGGUUUGAUGGUGCAGAAAUAUGUACGAGAAGUGAAAAAUUCGACUUUUUCUUCUCUGGUUCUUGUGUAGAAAAAGCAGAAGGAUAUACACGGCAACGCGGAGAAAAUUUUACCAAUUCUUGUGAUAUGCAUUAGGUUUUUGGGGUUUUUGUUUUGUGCGGGCGUGAUCCAUUUUUGGUGGUUAUUGGUAGUGCAGUUCUCGGGGCACACUUGCAGCGAAGAGGAAAAUUUCGUGGGAUACAGCCAAGGAAGAAUAGCUGCUAUCUCGGGUGAAGUGAAGAGUGAGCCUGCAGAAAGUUAAGCGAAAAAAAGCAUAGUCUUAAAAGUGGUCCUACCUAGUGCGAAUGGAAAGUGCGUGAAGAAAAGCUUAAGGCAGGAAGCGAAGAAAAAGCGAAUCCAGUGUGGCAGAGUAUUGAUUAAGUGUUCCGUCGUCCUCCUGAACCUCAGCUGAGCGCCUCCAGGAUACAAGGCACAGCCAUCCGAAUCACCUUCAGCACACUGAAAACUGGGAUUACAAGGACGGGAAAAUGUUUACGGGUACCCUGCGUUUGAAAAUCUGCGAAGCCUGCGGCCUGCGACCGACGGAUUUUCAGACGCGACAUACGAUGACAUUCGGCAGACUCAGCGAUCAACUCAUCGAUCCGUAUGUCUCGAUAGAUGUUGAUGAAAAGUUCAUAGAACGAUCCACUACAAAACCGCGCACAUUCGAUCCAGUAUGGAAUGAAAGCUUUAUACACGAGGUGGAAAAUGCCAGCGCACUCGGCAUGACGAUAUUCCACGAGGGUCCCAUAACGGAUGUAUUCGUAGCCAACACGACCAUCUCCUUUGACGAUCUAGUCACACGAAACGAGUCUGAUCAGCAGGAUUUUUGGGUGGAUCUGGAACCACAGGGUCGGUUACACGUCAAAAUCGACCUAAAAUGGAACCAGGACUCCAGCAGUAUUGCAUCGCAGCAAAUGCUCCAGCAGACGACGACAAAUUCCUACCGACGGAUGGGCGGCAAGGACCAACCAUUCCUGAACAGGCGGCGCGGUGCCAUGCGGAGGCGCGUCCACCAGGUUAAUGGUCACAAAUUUAUGGCCACGUUUCUGCGCCAGCCAACGUUCUGCUCUCACUGUCGGGAAUUCAUAUGGGGAUUAAUAGGAAAACAAGGCUAUCAAUGUCAAGUUUGCACAUGUGUCGUUCACAAACGAUGCCAUAGUUCAGUCGUGACCAAGUGUCCCAAGAAGAAGGACGAGGUACAAACCAGACCCACCCCGGAGGACGCGGCCCAGCGCUUCAAUGUAAAUAUACCGCACCGGUUCGCGGUGCACUCGUUCAAACGGCUGACAUUCUGCGACCACUGCGGUUCGCUGCUGUACGGCAUCAUCCGGCAGGGUCUGAAGUGCGAGGUCUGCAAUAUGAACAUCCACCGGCGCUGCGAGGGCAACGUGGCCAACAAUUGCGGCAUCAACACGAAGCAGCUGGCCGAGAUGCUGAACGAGAUGGGCAUCACCAUGGAUAAAACACCACCACGUAAAUCUAAGUAUUUAAACCAAGCGCCUAGUGAUAAUUCAUCCAUCUCGGAACGCAGCGAGGACAGCUCGCUGGAUUCGCUUUCGACCAAGAGCAGCUUGGACACCGACAGUCUACAUUCGCAGCAGGGCCCACACCAGCAACAUCUGGGCGGCCGACCAACUUCUAGUCAACAGCAAAAUCUGGUUGGUGCUGUGGGUGCAAGUCAGGGCGACGACCGGGCACCGAGCGGCGGUUCCAUGGUUGGCAAAACGUGCCUGAACGACUUCAACUUCCUCAAAGUGCUCGGCAAGGGUUCCUUCGGUAAGGUGAUGCUGGCCGAACGGAAAGGUACCGACGAGGUGUACGCCAUCAAGGUGCUAAAGAAGGACGUCAUCCUGCAGGAUGACGACGUGGACUGUACGAUGACCGAGAAGCGAAUUUUGGCGCUGGCGGCCAAACAUCCGUUCUUGACGGCGCUGCAUUCGUGCUUCCAAACACCGGACCGUUUGUUCUUCGUGAUGGAGUACGUCAACGGGGGCGACUUGAUGUUCCAGAUCCAGCGGGCACGCAAGUUCGACGAACCACGAGCGGCAUUCUACGCGGCGGAAGUGACGUUAGCACUGCAAUUCCUGCACCGCAACGGAGUCAUCUAUCGAGAUCUGAAGCUGGACAACAUCCUGCUGGACGCCGAGGGUCACUGCAAGCUGGCUGACUUCGGGAUGUGCAAGGAGGGCAUCACAGGUGAUAAUUUGACCUCGACGUUCUGCGGUACCCCAGAUUACAUAGCGCCAGAAAUUCUGCAAGAAUUGGAUUACGGGCCCUCUGUUGAUUGGUGGGCACUGGGUGUUCUUAUGUAUGAAAUGAUGGCUGGGCAGCCACCAUUCGAGGCGGAUAACGAGGACGAUCUGUUCGAAGCGAUUCUUCGCGACGAUGUGCUGUAUCCCGUAUGGUUGUCUCGUGAAGCAGUAUCGAUUUUGAAAGGAUUCAUGACAAAGAAUGCAGCGAGGCGGUUAGGCUGCGUUGACGGCGAAAACCAGAUCCGUACCCAUCCGUUCUUCAAGGACAUGGACUGGGAUGCGCUCGAACAGCGAAAAGUGCGACCACCAUUCCGGCCAAGAGUGCGAAGUGCACGCGACGCCCUCAAUUUUGAUACCGAGUUCACCAAGGAGGAGCCAGUAUUAACCCCAGUGCCGAACGACAUCAUCCGUUGUAUCAAUCAGGAAGAAUUUGCCGGAUUCUCGAUUGUGAACUCGGAGUUCGGUCCGGAGCGUAAAAUUGUUUGUUAAAAACGGCAGAACAGCAAAUCAACCAGAGCAGCAACAACCAGCAAGCACACAUUUAUAUACAUUGCGCGCUUUACCGCUUAUAAGUGAUAAAACCAAAGAGUAAAAACCAACACAAGUAAGCACACAAACACACACAAACAGCAAAACAAACAUACACACAACAACUAGGUGUUGCUCCCGGCUUAGGGGCACUUAUAGGAAAGUAAAAGAAAAACAACAAAAAAGGGGAAAAGAGCGAACAUGUUGUAGGAGCUUUUAUAACCACCAGGACAGUCCUGAUUUUUAUUACAAAACGCCACCCUAACGGAUCGGUAUUGAACACGAGAGACUGCUGCAUACCGAGUAGAGUUUGGCCAAGUAAGUGUGCUCGAAAAUUUACGCACGAGAUUGAGGAAGGCUUAUUUUGGAAGGGCUGGGACAGAGAAACGUGCGAAUACGACACGACGACAGUCAGUGCAACAGGGCGCGGAGCGAACAGCCGAAACGAACCAGUCGAUUUUAGUAGAAGUAACUUUUAGUUGUUAGUUUCGAGUGAAGGGCGGGCAGGCAGGCAUUACAAAUGCGAAAACACGUUUCGUUGAAGAAUCUGUUACUUAUGGUAUUGAACUUUAGUUGCCAUAGUUUUUUUAACGAUAGAAUCGAACGAAUCAUCGAUUGCGCAGUGAUUUUUUGGUUUAAGCUUUCGUCGGUUAAUUUUAUUAGCAAAAUAAUAGCUUUAUUUGGUAGGGUUAUUACGCGCGCGCGCUAAAAGCAGGGCUUAUAGGAGUGCAAUAUUUUGAUGUUAACUCUUGUGUUUCUGUUAAGUUUAGAGCUGCUACGUAUUUGAUUUACAGUAAUCUCCAGCAAACUAUCAGAUAGGUUAAUUUUAUGAAUGCAUUUCAUCAGUCCGUUUUCUGGUUAAUGUCACCAUUGGAAAAACACCUCAAUUGAUGAGCUCUGUUUCAAAAGCAUCAAAAACUACAAAAAAUAAAAACGUCCUACUGUCUAACUAAUAAAAAACUACAAAACAAUCACAGAAGGUUGGUUAAGUUAGUUUCAUUCAUCCACUAAAUAGUUAUUAAGAAAUCAACGCCAUGUUAGCUAACGUAUGCUUUCCCCCACGCUAGUCAUUAGAUCCCGUUCUAUCCUAUUAGUAACAAAGUGGAUCAAGUGGGGUACAUUGAGUUGUAGUUAUGGUUGUGUUAUCUCGAAUGUUGUCGGGCUGCUUCCAAUGCAAUGGUUGUCGGAUUGCUUUGAAGAGGAGUUUCAAUUUUGAGGGAAGUUUCAUGCAUGAUUUUGGAAUAUUGAUGAAAGAUAAUGGUUCAAUCCAUUGGAGACGGUAUUAUCGCCUUCCUGAAUGCAACCUCGCUGGUUUAGAACACGUUCGUAAGGGUCGGUUUUCUCAGCUGGGCUAAUGUGACCCAUCCGUAUCCAAAGGGUUAGAGAGUAAUUUGUGAAAAACAAGUGGAUGUGAAAUUCGGGAAACAUCUCCUUACUUUCCAGCCUGACAGAAAAUUGAUUACUGAUUGUUAUUAUUUCAUCUUUUUUAUCGAAAUUUUCAGCCCUCUGCUGGGGCAUCUUGUAUUUUUCUUCUUCAGAAUUUCUGUGAGACAGAUUUUUCCUUAAAUCAUUCAGAAAUUUGAUAGACUAUUUCAACAAAAGUUAUUCAUAUCCAGUACCAGAAAAAGGUGGAAAAUGAACUUGUACUGAAAUGUAUCAAAAACGAGAGUUGCUCGACAUCAAAGCAAUUGGACAACCAAUUCAAGGAAACCAAGCCCGCUGCAAACCAAAAAAUGUAUUACCUUUACUAUAGUUUGUUACGUUACAAUUGUAUAGAACAAAGAAAUCUCUUCCCAUGGAACUCACCAACCAUGCCGUACUGCGGAGGUAGCUAGGAAUAAGGAAUGUUGUUGUAGGAAAACGAAAGAGUAAAGUAAUAUCACUACUGGAAGUUUUGCGAGACAUAUACUCUCGGAUAGUAGAGCUAUUUACAAUCGAAAUUGUUGAUAGGGAAAAUUAGUGGACGGAAAGAAAGGACGGGGGCCGUACCGAGAUGGAAUGGAGGCGAAUGUCUUCACGAUUGAGAUGGUUUAGUUACUAUAUUGCUAUUUGUGUCGUUGGAUGUGUAUAUUCUGAACAAGAGGAGAAGAACUUAGCAACAUUUGUCAAAUUUUUAUUACAGUCAAAAGAUUCAUGCAAAUUGCUGGUGUAACUGUGAAUGCAACUACUAGAUAAAUCGAGAUUGUUUUUUUAGUAUUCGAUGCAUGUUGCACCUUAGCAGAAUGCAUAAAAAUCUACCGUGUAUUUUGAUUAUCUAAAACAGUUGCAAUUGUCUGCAACUAAAGUUAAAACUUGAUACAAUUACACUAUAGCAAAUUUAUGUUGGUUUCUUGUUCAACGUUUUAUAUGUAGCAUUACUUUCUGAGUGGAAAUAUCAAAACAGUACAGAAUUGGGCAAAGGAAAGCUUAUAGAAUGCAAGGAUUGAAGGUAACAUUGUUUUACUAGGCAUUUACAGAGCGAAGGAAGAGUAAAAUGCAGGAAAGGUUCGGCGAUGAACAUACACAGAGAAAAUGAAAAUCCGUCUGAAUAUAUGAAGAAGAAAUAAAGUACUGUAUUAAAAGAAGAGCAAACCAAAAAAAACUAUGAGAUUUUAAAAUACAUAGAUUCCGGCGCUAGGCAGGUAUAAACAAUCGAAUUUUUAUUAUUUUGAAAACAUCGGUAAGUGGGUUUAUAAACAUGUUGAACGCAAUCAACAUACGCGAGAUAGGUUUUUGUUUUGCGAAAUGCGUUUGCCAUCGGAGACAGAAGGUAUCACACUGUGUCGUACAUACUCCCACCACAUGAAUAAUAGAAACCAGUGCGAAAAAGACUGGGUCCUCCAAGAUUUAGAAGAAACACACAUUUCCAACACACUAAAAAGGAAAUCUUCCCAUUAGAGCAGGACAAAAUCGUUCCCUGUGUUACACACAAUUCCAUUACGGAGAAGCAUGCAACACGUCAGAAAGAGUAUUUUUGUUGAUAGCUUAUCGUUGUGUAUUCAUAUGCUAACAUAUUUUUGUUCCCAAAAACAGUAAAAAAGUAUCCAAAUCAGCCGCAGAAGACAGAACAACAAAACAUAAAAUGCAGAAUACAGUUGACGAGAAAUAAGAAAAUCCGUGUAAAUUAGUUAAAUGUUUAGGUAGAUUAAAGAACACUAUAUUAUUAUUCUAAAUCAUACUGCAGCAGAGGCAGCAUCGUGGUGGAAUAACUUUGAAAAAAAAAAUGAAUGCGUAACACAUAUUACCUAAAUAUACGCUGAAGCAUAUACAUCCAAAAAUGAGAAAACGAAAUUAAUGUCUGCGGCAGAAAAGUAAGAGAACCGAAAAGUCAAAAUUAACUAAGAAAACGAUUGGAAGAAAGAGUAAACAACAAAUGGAUGCACUAAGCAGUAUGUAUGAAAAUAUAAAUAUUUAUGAUAACAUAUAAUAACUGACAGCAGUAAAUUAGUGCACUGGAUGUUACAGAGAGUGUAAGGAUGCAAAAACAAUAAAGUGAUGAAUACUGUCACCAAAGCGACAUUCUGAUCACUUUUAUACUAGAUCCUUACAAACAUAUAAGUCGUGGUUUUAAAAGCAGAGAUUAAAAAAGUAGUAGACGCAAUGUGUAAUAAACUAGGAUAUAACAGACGAGCACAAAAUCGAGAAAGCAAAACAAAAAUAUUGCAUAAAAAGAAACAGAAUACACAAAGUUUAACUGUUGUGCAUAAUUUAUCGAUGUUGUAUUUAGGCAAUUCGUGCUAUUUAUUUACUGUUUUCGUUGACGAUCAUUAGCGUACAAUCUCUCGUAUUUUCCGACAACUAGACAAACGAAUCACAUCAUUCUUGCCAGAUUUAUUUGCUGACAAUCUUUCUGUUUUGUUCCUACAUUACAUUCUAAGACGAACUAAAGCUUACCGUUAAUCCUCAAAAAAAAAGGAAAUCACAACAGUAGGAAAACGUCAUCAACUGAAGAAACGAAUCUGUUUCAACCUACCACCCUCUCCCUCUUUUUGAAAGUAUCCCACCGUAAUUGAACGAUCAAAUAUCUCCUGUAAGAACACCUUCAAAGACGAAACAUGUGUAUCAUUGUCUCGAUAAAAAAAAGUCUUGCCAUAUGUUCCGCGAGACGCUUCAUUUCCGUCUUACUCACACACAUUGUCUCACAGUCCCGUUCGAUGAUUCAGUUAAUGACGUGCACUGGUCCCGCAUAACAGUCCACUCCAAUCGUAUCGAACAGCUCGAUUUGAUGUGCUAACAAUUCCAAUCCAGGGGUCAACAUUUCACAUCAGCAAGAGCGAAUGGUUAAAUACAUUUGAAGUGUCUGUGCAAUUGACCCCGCCUACAACCAGAAG